AUGUCAUCGCUACCCUUGUUCAAGGCCUCCGAUCAAGACGACGCCAUGUCGGAGAAGCAACAACAGCCCCAGGAAGCCCACGGGCACGACGAAACGCUGCGGCAGCCGUAUGCGCUCGGCGUGCGACCGGGACAGCCCAGCCAGCGCGAGCGCCGGUCUCGCUGGGUGCUUGUCGGCUUUGUGGUUCUCGCGAUUCUGGCAGGCAUCCACCUCUCCUCGCCUCACGGCCUGACCGGCUGCUUGCACGCGCCGUUCCGCUCCCACUCUUCCCAUCACGGCCACCACGGCCACCACGGUCACCACCACGGGCACGGACACGCGCUGAAGGCCAAGAACAUUGGCGGCAAGUCGCCCAGCUGUCCCGCGCAGCCGGACCCGAUUGAGCCCGAGACAAAGGUCGACUGGACCGAGGAGCGCAAGAAGCACAGCGCGGAACUGCACGCGCAGGCGGUGCAGCACGCGACGCAGAGCUACGACGAUAACGGCGAGCCCGGCGAGGAUCCGCGUUGGGAGCCGUUCCACGAUUUCCUUGAUUGGUGGAGGGACGCGUUCCCGACUGCGGUCGAGAGGGCCAACAUCGAGAUGAUCAAUACCCUCGGCAUCCUGGCCACGUUCGAGGGCAGCGAGCCCGACCUCAAGCCCCUGGUGCUCAUGUCGCACUACGACGUGACGCCCGCGCCCGAGAACACGUGGGACCGGUGGACCUACCCUCCCUUCAGCGGGCACAACGACGGGACGUACAUCUGGGGCCGGGGGGCGGCGGACGACAAGUCCCUCUUCGUGGCCGAGUGGGAGGCCGUGACGUACCUGCUCGAAUCGGGGUGGACUCCCCGGCGCACGCUGAUCCUCUCGCACGGCUUUGACGAGGAGGAAGUUCACGCGCGCAGGGGCCAGGGCCACAUCGCGCCCUUCCUUGAGGAACGAUACGGGAAGGACUCGCUGCUGAUGGUGGUGGACGAGGGAAGCGGGCUGCAGGACGACUUCUUCGGCGCGCCCUUCGCGCUCCCCGCCAUGGGCGAGAAGGGAUACCUCGACGUGCGCAUCAGUGUCGGCACCGACGGCGGGCACAGCUCCAUGCCCCCAAAACACACCGGUAUCGGCAUUUUGUCCGAGAUUGUCGUCGCGCUCGAGAAACAGCCCUUCCCCGUGAAACUGACCGAGCGCUCACCCUUCCUGACCACGCUCGCUUGCGGGGCCGCGUACGCGCCCAAGUUCCCCAAGGAGUGGAAGAAGCUCCUGAAGCAGGGGCCAAAGGGGUGGGAGAAGCUCGGAAAGGGCCUCGCGGCGAAGGACAAGAUGCACGCCGCGCUGCUGCACACGACACAGGCCGUCGAUGUCUUCCACGGCGGGGCCAAGGUCAAUUCCCUCCCCGAGCUGUCUGAGGUGGAGAUCAACUACCGCAUCGACUUUGACGAGUCUGUUGAGAGCACACAGAAGCAUAUUGAGAAGAUUGCGCGCAAGGUUGCCAAGGAACACGACCUCAAGCUCGACGCGUGGCCCCAGAAUGCGACUACCGCCAGCGCCCGCGCCAACACGCCCGCCCAUGGUGGGAUCUGGGACACGUUUGCGGGCACCGUCCGCGCCGUCUUCCAGCCGCCCAAGGGUAAGGAGCUCAUUGUUGCGCCGUUUGCGACCACAGGCAACACCGACUGCAAGAUGUACUACAACCUCACCAAGAACGUGUACCGCUUCAUGGGCCUGCGCAUGGAUGACAUUUACGGCAUUCACACGAUCGACGAGCACUCCAGCAUCAAGGGACACCGCGACAUUGUCGACUUUAUGCACGCGCUGAUCCAGAACGCCGACGCCUAUGACGGCAAGGAGUAA